GGAUAGAUAGAUAGAUAGAUGGUUGGAUUGCAGCACAUCAACGCUUCCCGAUACUACAGGGUUGUGCGUCGACUGAGAGGCGUUUUCAGCUAAGAACAACCAAAAGCCGGUCCAUGUACCCCGACGGUCGGUUGAAGCGCGCAAUUGAUUGGGGUGAAUCAACAUCUGUGCCGGGGGGUGUGUGUGGUAGGUUGAGCUGGUAUUUCCCAGUGUUGUUUUUGCUGGUGUGUUGAUGGGAAUAAUGUCAGCUAAAGUACAGAAAUCAAGAAAUAAUUUCAACAUUUAAGUGAAGGCCGUAGUGCAACUGCAACUGUGUACAUCACACUACCAACAGUAACCAUGAGCUCUGAAGAGAAAAGUAUGUCACCGGCUCACAAAGUAUCAACUCCCACUCACAGGAGUGCAUCAUCAUCAUCAUCCUCUCAGAGAGAGAGCAGACCGGAUGGUGACAAUUGGGAAAUCAUUGAAGGAUUAAAAAUUGGACAGACCAAUGUCCAGAAACCAGACAAACAUGAGGGGUUUAUGUUGAAAAGAAGAAAAUGGCCCUUAAAAGGUUGGCAUAAGCGCUUCUUUGUCCUUGAAAGUGGAAUGCUAAAGUACUCUAAGACGCCAAUUGAUAUUCAGAAAGGCAAACUUCAUGGAAGUAUUGACGUUGGGUUGUCAGUCAUGUCAAUCAAAAAGAAGACUCAACGGAUAGACCUGGACACAGAAGAACACAUAUAUCAUCUAAAGGUAAAAUCUCAGGAAGUGUUUGAUGCUUGGGUAACAAAACUGCGCCAUCAUCGAUUGUACCGUCAGAAUGAAAUCGUAAGAUCACCCAGGGAUGCCAAUUUUCAUGUCUUCCCUACAUCACCAAAACCUGAUCUUUCACCAGCUCCAACUACUACUGUAUUAGAUGUGAAGCCCCAGCAGAACAAUUUUGCACGGCAGCCCUCCAUUCCAUGCAGUACAAGUCUACCUACUUCCUAUAGCAACAGUCAAACCAAAGUUGCAGCAUGGUUGCUGGAAUCUGAAGAGAUGAAUAAAUGUGCAAAAGACCUUGCACAUUGCCAAUCAAGUCUAGUGGAACUCAGCAAACUAUUACAAAAUCUGGAAAUUCUACAAAGGACACAGUCAGCUCCAAAUUUCACUGACAUGCAGGCUAAUUGCAUAGAUAUUACAAAGAAAGACAAGCGUGUCACCAGAAGAUGGAGAACAAAAAGUGUCAGCAAAGAUGGAAAAAUGCAGCUUCAGGUUCCCUCCAGUGCUACUAUGUCUCCACUUCGUUUGCACUCUUCCAACCCCAAUCUAUGUGCAGACAUUGGAGAAUAUCCAAUACCACCAAGUCCACUUCCAGAGUUCCCUGAUUCCUCCGCGGAUUUUACUAAACUUCAAGAAGAGUUUUGUCUCAUUGCGCAGAAAGUGCAGUGUCUUUUAAAGUCUGCCUUCAACACAGUAGCAAUAGAAAAGGAGAAGUUGAAGCAAAUGCUCUUGGAGCAAGAGCAUUCUGGCCACAAUUCUCAAUUCUUCACUCUUAGGAGAACACUUUCCCAGCCAAGCGACAAGAUUCAUGUCAAUAUCCCAUUGUCACAGCAGGACUCUAAUGGGAGCAGGCUCUCUAUGUCUGAAUCGGUGUCGGAAUUUUUUGAUGCUCAAGAAGUACUUCUGUCAGCAAGCUCUUCAGAGAACGAGGGAUCCGACGACGAAUCGUACGUUAGUGAUGUCAGUGACACGAUUUCUGAGGACAACGCCAGUGUUGCAGAGAAUGCUUCUCGACGAUUUUCUGACGGUGAACUCAUGGGUGGUGCAUUUCAAAAUGGCAGACGCACAUGUCUUCCAGCACCAUCACCUGAUACGAGUAGCAUCAAUCUGUGGAACAUUCUGAGGAAUAACAUUGGAAAAGACUUGUCCAAGGUUUCCAUGCCAGUUGAGCUGAAUGAGCCCCUCAAUACUCUGCAACAUCUAUGUGAGGAAUUGGAAUACUCUGAAUUGUUAGACAAGGCUGCUGAAACAGAUGAUCCAUAUGACCGAAUGGUUAUGAUUGCUGCAUUUGCAGUUUCAGGAUAUGCUACAACAUAUUACAGAGCCACAUUUAAGCCCUUUAACCCAGUGCUUGGAGAGACGUAUGAAUGUAUUCGAGAAGACAAGGGAUUCAGGUUCUUUGCAGAGCAGGUCAGCCACCACCCACCCAUUUCUGCCUGUCACUGCGAAUCAAAGAAAUUUGUGUUUUGGCAAGAUGUCAGAUGGAAGAAUAAAUUCUGGGGCAAAUCUAUGGAAAUACUUCCUGUGGGAAGAGUGAAUGUCAUGCUACCUAAAUACGGAGAUCAGUUUGAAUGGAAUAAAGUUACCACCUGCAUACAUAACAUUCUUAGUGGGCAACGUUGGAUAGAACACUAUGGAGAAAUUACCAUUAGGAACACAAAAAACAAUGCGUGCAUUUGUAAACUAAGCUUCAUUAAGGGAAGUUACUGGAGCUCAAAUGUAAAUGAGGUCCAAGGAUUUGUGAUGGAUCAGGAAGGGAAAGUAGUACGACGGCUUUUUGGCAAGUGGCACGAAGGGCUGUAUUGUGGAGUUCCCCCCUCUGCCAAAUGCAUAUGGAGACCAGGCUCCAUGCCAACAAACAGUGACAUGUAUUAUGGUUUUACAAGAUUUGCAAUUGAGCUGAAUGAAUUGGAUCCGGUGAUGAAAGAGUUCCUCCCGCCUACUGAUGUUAGAUUUAGACCAGAUCAGAGAUACUUAGAAGAAGGAAAUAUUCAAGCCGCUGCAUCUGAGAAGCGCAGAAUCGAAGAAUUACAAAGAGAGCGGAGAAGACUCAUGGAGGAAAGCAAUACUGUUUAUCAGCCUCGGUAUUUUAAGAAAGUUUCUGAAGGCAAUCAAAGAGAAUCCUGGAUGAGCAUUGGGAACUACUGGGAACUGCGAAAGGAUCCAGGAUUCAGUAAAUUAGAAACUCCAACACUCUGGUAAUUUGAAGAAGUAAAAAUAACAUUCUUCUCAAGAAAAAAAAAUUAACUAUGCAUAAGUUAUUGCUGUUUUAAAUCCUAUUGCGUUCCUGUGGUUUAGCUGGCCAUAUGCUAAGGUAUGCCUAUUUAAUAACAGGUGUAAUUAUAAAUAGGCCAUGACCUGAAGACUGCUGGUUUAAAAUAUUGUUUUCCACUAAAGCUGUGAAUUUUUGGUAAACCAAAAGUUUAAUUUAAAGUGAAUGCACAAUAGGGAUGGCUGUUUGACAGUCAUAUAUUUAUUAAAAUAAUAUAAUCUUAACGAUUAUCAUGGCUUUUUGCUAGUAUUUCAUCAUUCAUUUUCAUGCCUUAAGAACAGCAAAUACAUUUAGAAAACAUUGUUUUUAUUCGGAAGACCUACUGAAACUCAACUCAUUUUCCAAAUUCAGUAAGUUAUCAUAUCAAAGGUUUAUGCCUUUGUAAUAUUUACUCACUGAUGGAUGUGUUCAUAAAGUCCUACUGUCUCUAACAUCAGUCUUGAAGGUGCAAAUAAUAAACUUUGUUCACAAGUAAUGCAUACAAGUACAUGGAGUAUAUUGAAUUUACUGUCAGUAGACAUUUGUUAGCCUAUACGGUCUGCUAGAUGUAAGCAAAGUUAGUGCAAUAAAAACCUGCUAUUG